GAAGACUGCGCACCAAUCUUUGUUGUUUUGUGCAAGGAAACAAAUUAAAAUGAAAUAGGCUUUGGUCGACUAUGUCGAUUUGUGAACAUUUAAUUGACUAUAAAUCAAUACAUGGAACAAAUGCGUAUCGAUUAAUCCAUGCAUAUUUCGUAGCUUGCCCGUCGGCUGAAGCCAGGCGACGAAAGGCUGCUUCCAAUAGAUGUCAUACAUGUCAGAAGUAUGCACAAAGGCUUCAUGCCUGCUUACACUGUGUUUAUUUUGGAUGCUAUAAUGACCAUCAUAUUCAUGGACAUGCUGAAAGGAAGGGCCACCAUCUGGCUAUGGAUUUAAGUUAUGGAACAGUAUUCUGUUUUGCCUGUAACGAUUAUAUGUAUGAUCCAGAAUUAGAAACAAUUUCUACCUCACAACAUCAAAAAUCUGCAAAGGCUCAAGGAUUAAAACAACAGUUUAUACGGUGGGAACCUACUGAAAUCGAGAAGGAAAUUCUAUUACAGAAUCCUAAAAGAAGGAAAGUAGAAACUACAUCAACAAUAGGUCUUAGAGGAUUGAUUAAUUUAGGAAACACUUGUUUUAUGAACUGCAUAGUUCAGGCAUUGAUUCACACACCAGUUUUGAGAGACUAUUUUUUAGCUGAUAAACAUGUUUGUGAAAUGAAAGAGGACGAAGCUCGGCAGUGCCUUGUUUGUGAAAUGUCCAGACUUUUUCAAGAAUUUUACUCUGGAGCCAGGGCUCCACAUAUUCCAUUUCGUCUUUUACACCUGGUGUGGACCAAUGCUCGUCACUUGGCCGGAUAUGAGCAGCAGGAUGCUCAUGAGUUCCUGAUAGCAGCACUUGAUGUGUUACACAGGCAUUGUAAAGGUUACUCCGCUAAUCUAUUGCUAUCUCACUGUCGACCAAGUAUUCAAGGUACAAAUGGGACCAACAACCCAGGAACUCCUUUACACUGUAACUGUAUUAUAGAUCAGAUUUUUACUGGUGGACUUCAAUCAGAUGUUACAUGUCAGCAGUGCAAAAAUGUAUCAACAACAAUAGAUCCUAUAUGGGAUAUAUCUCUAGAUCUAGGUCCAGGACCUCCACAAUCCAAUGGCACAACUAAUUCCUCUCCUAGCUCAGGUUAUUCUAAUAGUCCAGGAACAUACGAACCUACCUCACUACUUGACUGCUUAAAAAGAUUUACCAAACCUGAACAUUUAGGAAGUUCAGCCAAAAUAAAGUGUAGUACAUGUCACAGUUACCAGGAAUCAACAAAGCAACUGACAAUGAAAAAACAACCUGUUGUGGCAUGUUUUCAUCUGAAGAGGUUUGAACAUUCAACAGGGUAUCAUAAAAAGAUAUCUACGUUUGUAUCAUUCCCAGACGAACUUGACAUGACUCCAUUUAUGUCUUCAUCUCGUGACAAUAAAAAUGGUUACAUUAAUCAAAUCGUCCAAGAAUCUGCCAAAAGUCUUUCAUGUGAUAACAAGUAUUCCUUAUUUGCUGUGGUAAAUCAUAUGGGCACUAUAGAAUGUGGUCAUUAUACAUGUUAUAUACGACAACACAAGGACCAGUGGUUUAAGUGUGAUGACCAUAUGAUUAGUCGUGCUUCACCACAAGAGGUGCUUAAUAGUGAAGGGUAUUUAUUAUUUUACCAUAAGCAGAUACUAGAGUACCAUUGACGUCAGAGAAGAUUAGUACUGGUUGCAUAAUACUGUCUCAUUAUACUGCCGUGUUGUAAAAGUGCUGGACAAUUUGUCUUUCAUAGUCAUUUAUACUUGAUUUAUAUAGAAGUGUCAGUAGUUCUCAGAAUCAGGCUUUUUGAAAAACAAUAGAAAUUCACUUGCUUUUGAUGUCUGAUAAAACGGGUUAAAAAUCUGCAGUCUUUUCUUUUCAUCUUAGUCAAAAGCUAAAUAUUGUAAUAAAGAGGUACAGCUGUAAUUAGUGAAAUGCAUUUCACUGAAACAAAUCAAGUUUAAUUGUAAACUUAUUAUAUUUGGGUUAUGGUUCUCAUGUGACUUUCUUAAAGGUAGAUAUACUUCCUUAUUAGAAUGAAUGACUCUGGAAAGGUGCUUUCCAAGAUAUACCUUUUUGAAUUACCUAAACAGCUUUUGGUGGAUUUCAAGACUUUUUUUUAAUUUUAAGACAUGUGUUAUAAACUCAGUAUUUUAAUUUGUAAUUUUUACUAUUGUAAGUCAUUAUGAAAAUACUACCGUAAAUUUUUGUUAUAACUGAUUCUAAGAAAGACUGGUACGUAAUUAGCAUGAUAUUAUUUGUGAAUGUAGUUUCUAUAGAAAUUGUUUAGUUUCUGCAGUUAAAUGGCUUAUCAAUCCAUCAUACAUCACACUUUGCUUAUUCUCAUCAUAGGAUACUUAAAUUUGUGGAUUUUAUGGAAAGCUUUCUGAUCCGUCCUUAGAAACCAGGGUUGAUUCCAUCAUCUUCAAAACUCCACUGUAUCAUUGUCAAUUGGAAAAUUAUUCCUUGUAUUGAUGAAAUAAGGAAUUUAAUUGAAAUUCAAUCACACUUUUGUCAUGCAACCUUUUAGGAAUAAAAAUUGUAUUCUGCGACAAUGGAAAAUCUUUGUUAAAAUUUAACUAUUGGUAAAGGUUGUCAGAAGGACAAGUUGAGAUAAAUUUUGUCAUUAUUUGUAAUUAUGCAUGUAGGCAAAAUGGCAGGAUCCUUAAUAACGUCCUUUUAAUAAUUUUGAAUAAAACAUGCAUUGUUUAUAACUUUUAUACAAGAAUAAUAAAUCAAAUAGAAAAACAAAGAAUAUGGGGUAUCCAUCCGUGACACAAAAACAGUAUAUGCACAGCAAUAAAAAAAGCACACAAAAAGCAAAGUCAAUCAGUUGAUUUCAAUGUUCUUAUAUUAUCAUGACAAUUUAUAUUAUAUUAUCAAACGAUAUAAAAUUCAACCAAGAAACAUUCUUUCUUUAUGCCCCGCCUAUGAUAGUGUGUCUUUCCUGUAGUGGGUUAAAGUUUGAGUUAAAGAUAGUUUACCACAUAGGUGUGCCAAAGUUUUAACCCUAGGUUUCUGAGGAUGAUGCAAACCUUUUCAUUAAAUAAAGAUUCUCCUGAUCUUUGAUUAUACUAAACAAUUGAUAUAAUGAAAAUUAAUUAAUUGUGCUAUUCUAAUUCUAAUACUUAGGAAAAAGAUUUGUAAAAUAAUAAUUUUACGACAUGUACUAAUAGUUUGGAGAAUAAGUUAAAGGAAUAACCCUAACAAGAUAAAAAAAAUAAAAUACUUACUUGAGCUAACAGCUAUAAACAUCUAGAAUUUAACAAUGAAAGGGCAUAAAUUGAGCAUUCAUUUCUUCUCUCAUUUAAUCAUUCUUUUGAAUGGCUGAUGUUUUUUGAAAGAAAAACUGAAUUUCUGAUUCUUCAAAUUAUACAGUGAAACCUGUCCAAACCAAAAGCCUGUAUGAACUUUAAAAAAAAAAUGUUAAAAUACUGUAACACAUGAACUCUUUAUUUGCUUGACUUUUUGGAGUAGAAAAAUAAUGUGACUAUAAAUGGUCGUCAAUUUAUCAAACAUGGAUCUUAUUUUAUGAUAUUAUGUUUAUAUCAACAAAAUUAGAAAAUGUUGAGAACUAAUUGCCUUAAAAUUGGCUAGAAAGGCUAAAUGCAAAAAAAAAAAAUCCCUGAAAAUAAGUUGGGUUACACUUGCUCUUUCCCACUGGGAAAACUUUUGACAUCUUUCAACUUGACCUUAGCUGAAUGAGCUAACUCAUACAUAAACAAAUUGGGGGCCUUGGUGGCAGAGUGGUCUAAGUAGUUCAUCUACAGUUAUCUCUAGCUUGUCACCACUGACCGAGGCAAGGUGUGUUUGACUCGGAUCUUUAUUUACCAGGAUUAACAGAUUUCCUGCUGGAGGUUGAUGGUACCUAGGCUUCCUCCACCAAUAAAAACAGGCCGCUAUUGAAUAGCCAAGAGUGCUGAAAGUGGUAUUUAACACCGAAAGUCAAUUAAUCAUAAUCAAAAAAUUACAAAGUAAUUCUAACUUUUUCAUUUGCAUUGGAAUUUGAAGAAAAUUGGCAAUUUUCUUUCCCUGAAAUUUUCCUUUGGUUUACACAGGUUUUCCCUGUAUAAAUUGUUUGAAAAACAUUUUUCCAGUGAAUCAUUGGGUGUAUUAGUGUAAUAUUUAUUGUAUUUUGUAUUUUAUAAAGAAAAGUAUAUUUGUGAUAAUAUUUUCCAUUUGUGUAUUGAUUUUUUUAUUCUGAAGUUUGCUCAGAUAUAUGUAAACUAACUAGACUGCUUGAUAAUCAUUCCAGAAUGUUUUAUACAAGACAUGCAUGCUAGGAAUGAUUUUUGUGGGUAUUUAUUUAAAUUUAUUUGUCUUGUAAAUGUAGUCUGGCAUUGACAGAUAAAGUAAAGUCAUUUUGUGUAAACUAGGUAUAGCUUUAAGCUCACUUAUCAACUGUUGAAUAAUUUUGUGGUCACUUGAAACUAUCCUU